AUGGUGCCAGGGGCCGUUCCCGAUGACGCCAGGUUCCCGCCUGGCACGGUCACGCUUGAAGAUCUCUCUUCCCGCGGUGAGAUUGUCCAUACUGUCUUACUGCCACGUCCUACUCGCGAUCCUAACGAUCCCUUGAACUGGCCACUUUGGAGAAAAUAUCUGAAUUUUGGACUUGUGUGUUAUUACGCUCUUGCAGUGUUUGCGUUCAUUGUCGUGACAAUCCCUACCUGGGCCCCGAUGAACGAAGAGCUAGGCUUCAGUUAUCAAGUCCUCAACAAUAGCUACGCAAUUGGCUGUGGAGGUGUGGCCAUUGGAGCCGUUGCUCUCACUCCGUUGGCUCUUAAAUUUGGCAGACGCCAGAUUUAUAUAGUCAGUACGACUUUACAGGUUGGUAUCUGCAUAUGGGAAGCAAGGCUCCAAACGGUAGCAGAUCUCUAUCUUGUCACUUUUCUGAGUUGCUUCCUUGGGGCCCUCGCGGAGAUUAUUAUUCAAAUGACAAUUGCCGACAUCUUUUUCAUUCACCAACGAGGGGCUAUGAACAGCAUCUUUAUCUUUUCCCAGCAGAUUGGUAAUGCGGUGGCUCCUGUUGUGGCUGGUUAUAUUACUGUUGGGUUGGGUUGGCGGGCAGUUUGGUGGGCCAUGGCCAUUCUCCUGGGAGUUGCCCUUCUUCUCUUCAUAUUCCUAUAUGAGGAAACUAAGUUCUCUGCAAUUUUGACAGAAGGGAUCCCGCCGCAGUUCACAGAGGACAUUGAGGCAAGGCAAGACAUUCACCAAAGUAGCGAAACCAAGAAGCAAACAAAUCAAAAAUCCGAACGGCCUGUUGAAAAGAUAAUGUGUGAAGAAAUACCACCCUUAUAUGAAAUCGACAUUGAUGAGUCUAUUCCAACCAUGACCUAUCGACAACGGCUAUUCAAGUUGACGGUUAGCCCCGGAUCCAUAUCGCAGCUUGUUAUGCAUGUCUACCAGCCGUUUCAUAUCAUGCUCCUUAUUCCAGGUAUUUUAUAUAUGGCUGUGGUAUAUGGCACCUCAUGGGCCAUCAUGACCAUUAUUGGGACAAACAUUGCCGAAUAUAUGCCUUCUCCGCCAUACAACUUCACCCCAUCCGCUGUUGAUCUGAUGAUACUGCCUGUCUUUAUUGGAACGUGUAUUGGAAUGGCGAUUGUUGAACCUACGUGUGACCGGUUGAUUCUAUACCUUUCAAAGAAAAACAACGGAAUCUACGAGCCUGAAAUGCGCCUGUGGUUACGCCUUGCUUUUGUUCCAUUCGUGCCUGCUGGUCUAAUGAUGGCAGGCUGUGGCUUCUGGUAUAGCCUACCAUGGCCUAGUAUUGCUGUGGGGUUUGGCACCGCCUCCUUGGGAAUUUCUCCUGCAAACAGCAUAGCUCUGACCUAUGUCACCGAUGCAUAUACUGAGAUCUUAGGCGAUACUAUGGUUGGAAUUACAUUCAUUCGCAAUCUCCCUUCAAUGAUCCUACCGUUCUUCCUCCUCCCGUGGAUUAACCGAAUGGGCGUUCUUAAUGUCUACAUCAUGGUUUCGGUGCUCUCAACUGCAAUCUUCAUGAUACGUCUGGUUUUUAUCUAUUUUGGAAAGAGAAUUCGCACCGCGAGUGCAGAUAGAUACCGAUGGUUUGCUUCUCGGCAGUUCAAGGAGCGAGGUUAG